UGUGUCAUUCCAAGCAUGAGACUCAUCCUUCAAGCAUGUUCACUGAUGUUCACACUGGGCAACCUGGUGGCUUCUCAGUCACAAUCUCCUGGUUGGAAAGAUGCCAUCAACACCACAAUAAUCAAUUUCAAUAAUGAGAAGAUGCAGAUCACGUGGGCAGCAAAAGAACUAUUUCCUGGCAAGAACGUAUCAUUUUCUUAUACAUUUGAUGAAGGCAAGCAAAAGGUUUGGAAGCCAUGUCCCACCUAUUUAUUGGAUGAAGAUUAUAACUCUGGAUGUCUUUUUAAAACAGAAGGACCCACCCUUGCCAUCUCUAUCAGGCACAGUAAUGGAAGUGAGGAGCUUUUUUCUAAAAGACUAAAAUCCGAUUUUUAUAUAAAACCCAAUCGACCAGAGAAUGUGACAUUCUUCUGGAAAGAUGACACUGUUACUGUAAGCUGUAAUAAACCAGAGAGAGCUGUGAAGUGCUUGAGACUUGAGCUUCAAUACAAAAGCAAGUUUGACAGAGAAUGGCAAUCCAGAACUUCUAAGUGUUGCAGUGUUGGAGAACAAGGCUUUGAUCCAAGGAAAUGCUAUUCUUUCCGGGUCAGACUGAAGAGGCUAGUACCCUACUGCAACGUAGUUAAUUACAGCAGUGACUGGGAAGCAGAAACAUUUUGGAUGAAUGGCACAUUAUUAGAUUCAUGUGAUGAUGAUGAUAUAAAAUCUCAGUCAAACCCAGUAGUUGUUUUAAGUUGUUUGCUGGCAGUACUUCUAAUGAUGCUUAUCCCCUUGAUUCUUCUGUGCAAAUGGCAGAGGCUUCAGAAGUCAGUCAUGCCUGCUAUACCAGAUCCAAAAUACAUAUUUUCUGAUCUCUUCAGUGAUCAUAAUGGAAACUUCCAGGAAUGGAUAGACAAAACUGAUCAUGCAGUGAUGCAAACCAAGCUAGAAUAUGAAGAGCCAGAAUGCAUCAUUGAGGCAGAAAGCCAGCAAGAAUAUGAGAACAGUGACAAACAUGUGCCUCAGGAAAAAAUCACUUUUUCAGGAGCAGCUGAAAAUAAUGACCCCAAAGCAGCUCAGAUUUCCUGCCUGAUGCCAACAUCGAGCACUAUAGCUUCAUUUGCUGGCUUCCAGAUUUUAAUGAAUGAUGACAUGUAUGUGAUGUUAUAA